GUGUUGGCCACUGCGGCCAUGAAUGGAGCGGUGGUCACGUGGAAUCUGCAGAAGCAAACCCGCUCUAAGUUGGAUGUGGUGUUCAACGACCACAAGCGGACGGUUAACAAAGUGUGUUUCCAUCCAUCGGAGGCACACCUCCUCCUCAGCGGCUCACAAGACGGCAAAAUGAAACUCUUUGACCUCCGGUGCAAAGAGGCCACGAGUACUUUCAACAGCAACUCCGAGAGUGUCCGCGACGUGCAGUUCGCUCCCUCUCAGGGCUCGUACUUCAACUUCGCGUCCGUUCAGGAGACCGGAAAUGUCGAGAUUUGGGACAUCAGACGCAGCGACCGCUCCGACACCAACUUCAUAGCGCACGGCGGACCUGUCUUUGCGUGCGAUUGGCACCCGAACCCAGAGAAGCAUAAAUGGUUGGCCACCGCCGGCCGCGACAAAACCAUCAAAGUGUGGGAUCUGUCGGAUCCGAGUAAACCUCAAACUCUAUAUACCGUUCAAACGAUUGCUUCGGUUUCGCGUAUCAAAUGGCGCCCCAAUAGGGAGUUCCAGAUCGCCAGCUGUUCUCUUGUGGUAGACUUCGGGAUCAAUGUGNAAAGUGUGGGAUCUGUCGGAUCCGAGGAGUUCCAGAUCGCCAGCUGUUCUCUUGUGGUAGACUUCGGGAUCAAUGUGUGGGACAUAAAGCGGCCGUACGUGCCGUCGGCUAUAUUCCAGGAGCACAAGGAUGUGACGACAGGCUUCGCGUGGAAGAACGACCCGCAAGUGCUUCUGUCCACCAGUAAAGACGGCACACUUUACCAGAACUUCUUUGAGGGCGCGUAUCGUCCGUCCCAUCACUACAAUCCGAUCGGUCUCUCCAUAAACCCCUUCGGAGACGUGGCCUUCGCUGCCAGUGAUGUCAUACUCAAGAAUUCGGUUAACUAUAGCAACAAAGAGUUAGUCAAAGCCCAUUCGUUGGGUCCGAACAGUACCAUAAAGAGUGGCGGUAUAAUAGGUCUCAUAUCAACGGUUCCCUCUCUGUGGUGCAUAAGUUUCUUAGUGAACAGCCGUGACAAAUCCUUUUGUGGGCUAAACCGGCUUGUCAAGUCUUUACGGCAGUCAAGAGAGUACGAUAUGCUCACGGGGUUGGGACUGGAGUUACUGUUAGAAUCGAUGGAUUGGUUCGUGAUUUCGGCCAAAAAGUAUCAAUUGAACGGAAAGUCGAUCGAAGAGUUGUGCGAAUACAACGCCGAAGUGGCCGCACAACUCAAUCGGACACAAAUCUCACAGACCUGGAAGAUAUUGAUGCAAAUGUUUAACACAAACGUCAGGAACGCUACCCUCAGCGGCAGCGGUAAUGUUAACUCGAUUACAGUCGGAACCAUUACCGACUUUAAUGAUAAAAGUGAUCCAAACAAUCCCAGUCGACACGCCAGUGGCAGCACCGGUAGGCAUCUGAGUGGUGGCAAAACCAUUGAUCAGUUCAAUACGAACGACACGUCUGGCAAUGAGGACGAGUCCGACUUAAGUGAUAUUAUUGAGGACAACAGUCAACCCAAAUACAAACGCGUGUCUCAGCCGUCGCCCAAACGGCAACUCUUUGGCGACCAUUUCUUCCUUGAAAACGAUAUGUUAUCUCAAUCUGGUUUCGAAUUGAGUCAAUCGAGUACUUUAUUUGAUCCGAUGAGUCAACAGGACUGGGAGUUACCGCGAGAGGCCUUCUUUCCCCGACACGCCAUUCAAGACUGUUCUAUACCUCCGGAUAUAACCGACGCUAAUAUAGAGCCCAAUUCUCCGACCACUAGUUUGGACCACAAGAGAACAGCUGGCGAUCUGGAACUCCCUAUUGGGGCGCCAUUUGAUACGCGAAACCGAAGCAAUCGUUUGAACGGUAUAUAG